AAAUGCCUGUGGGGAUCUCAUAUUUCACACUGUUAUUUAUUGGGAGGAGGGUUUAAAGAGUUGCUGGGCUUCACCCAUGGAAACACCAGAAGGAAGUCUUGUUCUGACAGGCUGCCCGAUGUGAGGAAAGAGUUGUAGGAUCAGACUUCAUCUGGGCCAAGAAAACUACCCUAUGCAAGGAAGCCUGUUUGCAUUUCCCUCCUUAGGCCAUGGACAGAGUGCGCAUUGCAGUUGUCGGAGCUGGCGUGAUCGGUCUGUCUACCGCUGUGUGCGUUUCUGAGACGGUCCCCCGGUGUUCCGUCACUGUCAUCUCAGACAAGUUUACACCUGACACCACCAGUAAUGUAGCAGCUGGAAUGCUUAUUCCUCACAGGUAUCCAGAGACGCCUGAGCCCGUGCAGAAGCAAUGGUUUAGAGAGACCUUCCAGCACCUAUCUGAAAUUGCCAAGUCUGCAGAAGCCUCGGAUGCAGGUGUUCUCCUGGUGUCUGGGUGGCAGGUGUUCCGGAGUGUCCCCGCGGAGGAGGUGCCUUUCUGGGCUGACGUGGUCCUGGGAUUUCGCAAGAUGACGGAGGCCGAGCUGAAGCGGUUCCCUCAGUACGUGUUUGGUCAGGCUUUCACAACCCUGAAAUGCGAGACGUCUGCCUACCUGCCGUGGCUGGAGAAAAGGAUAAAGGGAAAUGGAGGUCUGCUGCUCACCAGGAGAAUAGAAGAUCUGUGGGAGCUGCAGCCGUCCUUUGAUAUCGUGGUCAAUUGCUCAGGCCUGGGAAGCCAACAACUUGUGGGUGACUCCAUGAUUUCCCCGGUAAAGGGCCAGUUGCUCCAGGUACAGGCCCCCUGGGUGAAGCAUUUCAUCCGAGACGGAGGUGGGCUGACGUAUGUCUACCCCGGUGCGUCCUAUGUGAUCCUGGGAGGAACCAGACAAAAAGGAGACUGGAAUCUGUUUCCAGAUGCGGGACUCAGCAGGGAGAUUUUUUUGCGGUGCUGCGCUCUUGAGCCUUCUCUCUGCAGGGCCUUCGACAUAAAAGAGAAAGUGGGCCUGAGGCCCAGCAGGCCAGGUGUGCGUCUGGAGAAGGAGGUCCUGGUCCAGGGGGAGCACAGGUUGCCUGUGGUCCACAACUAUGGCCAUGGGAGUGGGGGUAUCUCAGUGCACUGGGGCUCUGCUCUGGAGGCCACGAGGCUGGUGAUGGAGUGUGUCCACACGCUCAGGACCCCAGCCUCUAUGUCAAAGCUGUAGCUGACAUCAAAUGACAGCAGAUAACCCCAGGUCUUGUGGGUCAAAGCACAGUCUGGCUUGGUAUCAUUCAUUGAGAUAAGCAAUCUUGGGAUGGGGAUGUCAUUAAAUUUUGGAGAGAGGUGACUAAUAAAGUCUGUGUGAACCUCCUGGGAAGGUACAGGAUUGGCCCCGAAUAUAGGACAGGGCUGGAGAGACUCAGCCAUCACAGGUUCUCAGAGCUUUCCCACUGCUUGGAAGUUGAAUCUGACCUUUGUUUUCAAAAUUAGAAAGUAUGCAACACAUGUCAGUAGGCUUAGAAAUCUUGCCACUAAUGACACAGGACCUAAAACUCCAUUUUUUUUCCUUUGGUGAAAAUAUGUGUCAUUAAAAAAAAAAAAAAAAAAAAAACCAAACAAACCCUGUUAUAUAGGGUAAGAGUUUUGGAGGCUCUGAUGCUAAUUUAUAUGAAUGUUGUAAGUGAUGGGGAUUUUUGUAUCUUUAGCUCAUAAUCUCGUAGGAGGAGAUAAUGUGUGGGCAACACUUGGAUCCCUGCCCUGUGGAGCUGCAGGAUCCUCUCAGGUCACAGAGCGGCCCAAGGGUGUGCUAGCAUCUCCAUAAGACCACACAGUGCAGCCCUCCUGUGGCUAACGGCGGCUUCCUUUCCUCAGCGGGCGAUGGCGGUAGAAGAUGGCGGCAGGGUUGGCCCUGAGGGUGGCAGGACCCGAGCAGCAGCAGCAUCGGUCUCUGCGUCUGCUUUGUUUUUUCUGGGACCAAACACCUAAGAGAAACAACCUAAAGGCUUGGUUUGCUCCUAGAGUCGGACCAUCACACCAGGGAGGGCCUUGUAGAACAGAGCUGUCCAACUCAUGCCUGCAAGAGAGCAGCAGGAAGGAUGGGGCAAGAUACAGCCCCUGAGCAGCCUCCCUCGUUAUCCGCUCCCCAUAACCCGCCCCUGCCUCCUGAUAGUUCAUUCAAGUCCAUCAAUGGCUUAAGGCACUGAUUAGGUCAGCGGUGUCUGGAAACAUCUGCAGCCCCACCCAAAGGGUUGCUCGGGUCCUCUCUCAGGAGGUUGCCUCCAUCUUGUCAAGCUGCCAACAGGGAUUCACCGUCGCCGUGGCCGAGGCUGCGUGUCCCAUUCCCACCAAUGAUGGAGAGCUGGCUGACCGCACGGUGAGCGACUUGUUGAAGACUGGGCAGCCUGUGCAACCGGAGAGCUAAUUUGCUAAUGGAGAUGGCGCAGUCUUUCAGGACGACACACAACACAAAGUAUUCUUCCUGCCGAAAAAGUACCGGGGAGGAAGGGGAUGUGUCUCGUGAUUAAACAAGUUUGAGACUUGCUGAGUCCGGGAA